AUGUUCGUCAAAUUCGUGGUCCUCCUCGGGGCGUUGGCCUUCGCCGCGGCUAAGCCAGGCUUCCUAGCACCGGCGCUCCUAGGGAGCCACGCGGCCGUCGUCAACGAGGCGACCAUCUCCUCGCACGGCAACUCGGUGGUCCACGCGAGUGCCCCGGUCGUCACCGGCUACGCCAGCCCCGUCGUGGCCGCGGUGGCCCCGGCCGUCCUCGCCGAGAAGACCAUCUCCUCCCACGGCCACUCCAUCGUCCACGCGAGCGCACCAGCCAUCACAAGCUACGCCGCGCCGGCACCUGCCCUCCUCAGCUACGCACCCGUUGCUCCCGUCUACUACCAUUUGCGAUGA